AGUGCAAUGCGUACAUCCGGGGCAACAUAACCUCGAAGCGGAGCCCGAUAACCCGCUAUCUGCGGAUGAACUGUCAAUUCCGGUGGGGCGUGUUUUGCGAGCGCGUUCAGGAGAGACCGUGGAAAUUCGUGUAGACUGACCAGAGUCCGCGAAUUUCCGUGAACGCUGUCCAGGAUACACGAUCGCCCGGAAUUUCCUCCCGCUCGGUAAAGUUUAAUCAGCGACCGCGCCCGUCGACCGUGCUUGUGUCAAGUGUCUCGCUGAUUCAUCGCCGCUUGACACGUCGUCCUUUGUCGCGUUUCGCUGAUUUCGUCGCACUUAGGCGUCCCGAGGCGUCCUUUCCGCAAGUAGCGAGCACGAAAUGACGGAGGUCCAUAACUUCGGUCUCGAUGCCAUCAGCUGUCAUGCGUGGAAUAGAGAUAGAACAGAAGUUGCCAUAUGCCCAAACAACAAUGAGAUCCAGGUGCACAAACGUACUUCAUCCGGAUGGAAGUUGCUGGAAACCUUGGAGGAGCAUCACAUGGCUGUCAUGGGAAUCGACUGGGCGCCCAAAACCAAUCGCAUAGUCACCUGUUCCGCGGAUAAAAACGCUUACGUAUGGACUCAAAAGGAAGAUGGCAAAUGGGAUCCCGCAUGGGUUCUCCUACGAAUAAAUCGAGCUGCUACUUGCGUAAAAUGGUCUCCUCUAGAAAACAAAUUUGCUGUUGGUUCUGGAGGACGAGUUAUAGCUGUUUGUUACUUUGUAUCAGAGAAUAACUGGUGGUUAUGUAAACAUAUAAAGCGUCCAUUAAGGUCUACGGUGACUACCGUUGACUGGCAUCCGGAUAACAAGGUUCUGGUUGCUGGAUCUACGGACUACAAAGUUCGUGUUUUCAGUGCAUUUAUCAGUGAUAUGGAGGAUGCUCCUGGUACUACUCCUUGGGGACAGAGUAAAACCUUAGGAGCUUUACUGGCUGAGUUUCCUAAUACACCCAGUGGAGGUGGCUGGAUACAUUCAGUAGCGUUCAGCCCAUGUGGCAAUAAAAUCUGUUGGGUGGCGCACAACUCGUCUCUAUGUGUCGCCGAUGCUACUAAAGGAAACGCGGUCAUGAGACUGUAUACAGAGCAUUUACCGUUUCUAAGUUGUAUUUGGAUAGGAUCUAAUAACAUUGUUGCCGCGGGACAUAGCUGUAUGCCGAUGUUAUACUCUGUAGAUGACAACGGACAAAUAUACUUUGCGUCAAAGUUGGAUAAUACACAAAAAAAGAGAUCCGGAUUGUCUGCCAUGCGAAAGUUCCAAUCGUUAGAUCGGCAAGCGAGGAACGAGACGAAUGAUAACGCUUUAGAUAGCGUGCACCAAAAUACAAUCAAUUGCAUUCGUCGAGUGUCCGAUCGUGAAUUUAGCACAAGCAGUUUAGAUGGACAACUUGUAGUUUGGGACUUAAAGCUUUUAGAGAAUUCCAUUGCUGGUCUCAAGAUAGCGUAAACAUGAAACUUUUUUUACAUUGCAAAGAUCAGAGAUAUUACAUCCAAUACAACGAUGUAUAAAUGUUAAAAUGAAUACUAUACAAAUUUCUCAUUAA